GAUUUAAUGCUUAAAUGUGUGUUAAUUUAUAUUAAUUUAUAUCUUUUUCUUCCCAUAUGACAGCAAUGGGGACAUUAAGAAUUCACCAUAGUGGCACUUUUUGCAUGAGUAGUAGUACGGAUCUUAGGUAUGCUGCAGGCGAAGUACAUGAUGAGGAUAUUGAAUAUCAUCGUGUGACUUUGUCGUACUUAGAGGAUAGGGUAAAAAGCCUCAGGUAUAUGCAUUUUAAGGACAUAUAUUACAAAGAUCCUUAUGUGGAAAAAUUUGGUGAAGUAGUAAAGGUUAUAAAUAGUAAGCAGGAGCUUAUUCACAUGCGGUACCUUUUAAAUGAAAGGGGAAUUAUAGAUGUGUAUGUUGAGCAUGUCUGUGAUGAGCCAGAUAUUUUAGAUUUGCUUGAAGGUGGCACUGUUCUGCAAGAACCAGUUGAUGAAGGUACAAUGGACAUUAGGGAAGGCUGUGUGACACAAAAUUCACAACCAGGCCCAAAUGGUCAUGAAGCUCCAAAAACAGCAGCUAAAGGUGAUGCUAAUGAAACAGAUGCACUGCAUGAAGAUGAUGAGGAUAGUGGGGAAGACUGUGUGACACAAAAUUCACAACCAGCCCCAAAUGUUCAUGAAGCUCCAGAAACAACAGCUGAAGGUGAUGCUGAUGAAAUAGAUGCACUGCAUGGAGGUGAUGCAGCCCAACAAGAAGAUCUACAGAACAAUGAUCCUGAUGAUGAGGAUUUGCUUGAUAUUGUGCCUAGUGAUGCAGAUGAUGAGGAGGUGCUUGAAUCUAUUCGCAAUAAAAAGAAACAUAAAGCCAGUGCAAGUGCAAGAAAAAAUGCAGAUGGUGCUGGACCAAGCGGCACAGUCCAUGACUCCCCUACCACAGUUAAUGAAGAGGGUGAAAGGGUUCCAAUAGGAAAUGAUGACCAUGGAGAUUUGGGUUCUGAUUCUAGCUUUGAAAAUAGCGAAGAUGAAUUUGAGGUUUCUAGUGAUGAUUUAGGUGAGUACAAUGUUGCAGAUGAACAUGAACUUGAAGAAGAAGAAGAAGAUGUAAGAACUACUAGAAGUAGUGAGUUAUGGUUUAAUCCUUCAUGGGCUACUGUUUGGUUUGAGGUAGGGAUGAGGUUUGAGCAUGUAGCACAGUUUAAGAAGGCUAUAGCUAAAUACCAAAUUCAAAAAGGCUGUAAGUUGAAACCUGUUAAAAGUGACCCCACCAGGCAGAGAAUUCACUGUGUUGGUCAACAGUGCAAUUGGAGUAUCCUUGCCAGUUUUGAUAAAAAUGACAAGACUUUUAAGGUGAAGACAUAUUGCAGGGAACACACUUGCUUUUGGAGUUUGAAGUCCAAUAUGGUUGGGUCGAGGGUACUUGCAGAACACCAUAGGAACAGAAUUGUUGCAAAUCCGCAGAUCAGAAUCAGUGAGAUAAUGAGAUUGUCUCAUUUAGAAUUAGGAGUUCAUGUUUCAAGGGAUAAGUGUAAACUAGCAAAGGAAAGGAUUAUGAAGGAGGUAAAGGAAACUCAGACGAAGGAAUUUGCUCAGUUAAGAGGGUAUGCAGAAGAGCUGUUGAGAUUGUCCCCUCAGUCAAAUGUUCAAAUUGACAGUGAGCCACCCACAACUCCAGAGGGAAAACCUAUGUUUAAAGGAAUCUAUGUGUGUUUAGAAGGAUGUAGGAAGGGUUUUCUACAGGGCUGUAGACCAGUAAUUGGAGUUGAUGCCUGUUUCCUCAAGGGGAUGUUCAAAGGAACUCUUUUGGCAGCUGUUGCAAGGGAUAGGAACAAUCAAAUGUUCCCAAUAGCUUGGGCUGUUGUUGACUCAGAGUCUACCAGGAAACUAUUGAAGAAAAGAUUCUGGAGUGCUGCAAGGUCAACAUAUGAAGGUCAAUUCAACAAAAACAUGGAGGAGAUCAAAAAUUUAUCUGUGGAAGGUCAUGAUGCCUUAAAAUCAAUCCCCCCAGAGCUGUGGUGCAAGGCAUUCUUUGACACAUCAUGUAAAUGUGAUGUGGUGGAUAACAACAUGAAUGAGACCUUCAACAAUUGGAUAAUGGAUGUCAGGUAUAUGCCAAUCAUCCAACUGUUAGAAUAUAUAAGGGUUAAGGUGAUGGUCAGGAUGGUUAAGAACAGAGAAAAAAUCAGCAAAUGGAGAGGAGAUAUAGCACCCAAAAUUAGGAAGAAGUUAGAAGCAAAUAAGAUUGAAGCUGCCAAAUGCAGAUGUGAAUGGAAUGGAAUUCCAUGUCCUCAUGCAUUGUCUGCGAUAGGUUUAGGUAACUACGACCCGGAUGAAUUUGUAUCAAAUUGGUACAAAAGGGUUAAGUAUGAACGUGCAUACAAUGUACCAAUCAUGCCUUGUAAUGGUGAGAAAUUCUGGGAAAAUUAUCAUGGGGAGCCACUAGAACCACUGCCAUUUAGAUGCAAGCAGGGUAGGCCGAAGGUGAAUAGGAAGAAGGGUGAUAAUGAAACCAGAAAGGUGAAGGUGGACAAAUCACGUGCUCACUUUGCAAGCAACCUGGACACAACAAGAGGGGAUGCCCCAAAAGGCCAUCUGAAUGUGAAGGAGCAUCAGCAAGCACUCACCAGCCAAUACCAAGAAAACCUCCAACUUGUGGAUAUUGUAAGCAGCCUGGUCACACCAGGACAACAUGCACUGCUAGAUAUUUUGUUUAUGAAAAUUCUGGUCAAUCUGAUGGACUAGGAAGAAAGAAGAAGCACAGAUUUGGUGAAUACAUUAAUUCACCA